AUGGCGUCCAUCGCUCGCGCAUUGCGACCCCUGUCCCGCUCAACUCCCGCCGCCCGCUUGACCACCAGGCGUCUUGCUUCCGUUCGACCCGUUCAGAGUGCCUAUGCCUUUUCCACAUCUUCCCGCAGGCGGGAGGCCGACCUCUCUGAGCUGACUCCUACGCCCAUCUCCCUGUUGACCGAGACCGAGUCCAUGAUGGCCGACAUGGUGUCCAAGUUUGCAUCUGAGCAGAUCGGCCCUAAGGUUCGGGACAUGGAUGAGGCCGAGACGAUGGAUCCCUCCGUGGUGGAGGGACUGUUCGAGCAGGGUAUCAUGGGUAUUGAGAUUCCCGAAGAGUUCGGCGGAGCCGGCAUGAACUUCACUGCUGCGAUCGUGGCGAUCGAGGAGCUGGCACGUAUUGACCCCAGUGUCAGUGUCAUGGCCGAUGUCCACAACACCCUUGUCAACACUGCCAUCAUGAAGUACGGCGAUGCUCAGUCCCACCGCAUGUGGCUGCCUAAAUUGAGCACCAACACUGUCGGCUCGUUCUGUCUGUCCGAACCCGUUUCGGGCUCCGACGCAUUUGCCCUUCAGACCAAGGCUGAGAAGACUGCCGACGGUUACAAGAUCAAUGGCUCCAAGAUGUGGAUCACCAAUGCUAUGGAGUCCGGUAUCUACAUUGUCUUUGCCAACCUGAACCCCAGCGCCGGUUACAAGGGUAUCACCGCCUUUAUUGUCGAGAAGGGCACCCCUGGGUUCUCCAUCGCCAAGAAGGAGAAGAAGCUCGGUAUUCGUGCCAGCAGCACUUGUGUGCUGAACUUCGAUGAUGUCGAGAUCCCCAAGAGCAACUUGCUUGGUGAGGAAGGCAAGGGCUACAAGAUUGCUAUUGAGAUCUUGAACGAGGGCCGUAUCGGUAUUGCCGCUCAAAUGACGGGUCUGGCUCUCGGUGCUUGGGAGAAUGCUGCGCGGUACGUCUGGAACGAUCGCAAACAAUUCGGCAAGCUUGUCGGCGAAUUCCAAGGCAUGCAGCACCAGAUGGCUCAGUCCUACACUGAGAUCGCCGCCGCCCGAGCUCUCGUCUAUAACGCCGCUCGCAAGAAGGAGGCCGGCCAGGAGUUCGUCAAGGAUGCCGCCAUGGCCAAGCUCUACGCUUCUCAAGUUGCCGGUCGUGUGUCCGGCCUUGCCGUUGAAUGGAUGGGUGGUAUGGGUUUCGUCCGCGAGGGCAUCGCGGAGAAGAUGUUCCGUGAUAGCAAGAUUGGUGCCAUCUACGAGGGAACCAGCAACAUCCAGCUGCAGACCAUUGCCAAAAUGCUGCAGAAAGAUUACACGAAUUAG